CACCUCUGCUGGCCAGGAUUUCUAGGACUUGAAGUCCAAGAACAUCUGGAGGCCCAAGGUUGGGGACCACUGCUCUGAUGGCAGUGAUACAUUUUGAAGGUCAGGCCCUCCUUAUGACAGAUCUAGCAGAGUUCCUAACAUUUGUGGGGUUACGUUUCAUGGGGUUCAGGCACUCAGCAGUCUUUCCUUCUACACUUCUGUUGACACAUCAUUUCCAGCAAAAGAUCGAGAAACCCAGGCCUAGCUUUCUUUUCUGUGAAAUUUGGAAGGUAUGCCCCCCCACGUGAGAACAUGGGGAAACACACCUUUUCUCUGAGACUUCCCAAUUAGUGUUACCAUUUGUUUCCAGACCCACAGAUGUGAUAGAGAAGUCUGCCAACUUCUUGGUGGAUAUACAAGAUGGAGCUUAUCUUUGACUUCCCAUUUGGAAAUUAAGCAAUGAGUUUCCAGAGCCAUAGGCAGGUAAUUUUAUUGUCGCUAAAACAAUUAAGAACCAAGUAUAAUGGCACACAUUUUUGUAGUCCAAUUUUUAUCAUAAGUUAGUGGGUUUUCAAGAGCUCAUCAGAACACCCCCUAGUGCAUCAGAUCAAAGGCCUCCAUGGUCUAGCAAGCUUCCCACAGAGGCCAAACAGAUGCCUUGGAGAAGCCCAAUAGAAGGAUGUGGUGGCCACACCCUGUCUUGCGGUUCCUCCCCAAGAACGCCUACAGAAGCUACUGUACUUCUAGUCCUAAAGGAAAUGCCUUUGUGGUCAGCCUGGCUGUUGCGGACUUGCUGGUCGCGUUCUACCCCUACCCAUUGGCCCUGAUUGCCAUUUUCCACAAUGAUUGGGUCAUGGGCUACCUCCACUGUCAGGUCAGUGGGUUCCUGAUGGGCCUGAGUGUCAUUGGCUCCAUCUUCAACAUCACAGGCAUCGCUCUUAACCGCUACUGCUACAUUUGCCACAGCCUGAAGUAUGACAGCGUCUUCUCUCUCAACAACACCUUCUGCUACGUGGGUCUGGUUUGGGCCCUCACCUUCCUCGCCAUCAUGCCCAACCUCUUUGUGGACUCCCUGAAAUAUGACCCACGGGUCUUUUCGUGUACUUUUGCCCAAUCCGUCAGCUCCCUUUAUACCAUCCUGGUGGUGGUGGUCCAUUUCUUUCUGCCCAUCGCUAUCGUUAGCUACUGUUACCUGAGGAUCUGGGUGCUGGUGCUUCAAGUGCGGCGGCGAGUCAGGCCAGAUGUGCGACCCAGAAUAAAGCCACAUGACUUCCGGAACUUCUUGACCAUGUUUAUGGUCUUUGUACUCUUUGCCAUUUGUUGGGCACCACUCAACUUCAUUGGUUUUGUGGUGGCACUGAAGCCAACGCUGGAUUCUUCUAUACCAGAAUGGCUCUUCACAGCCAGCUACUUUAUGGCGUAUUUUAAUAGCUGUUUGAAUGCUGUGAUAUAUGGGGCCCUGAAUCACAAUUUCAGGAAGGAGUACAAGAGAAUCAUAUUGGCUCUGUGUCAGCUAGUUUGUAGAGCUGACUAAAGCAAAACAACUGAAGCCCAAAGGGAUUUGAUCACAUAAAGCUGGACAAAGUGGCUCAGAGACCUUUAAUAAGCCGAAGUUGUGAACUGAGAACACAGUUCUUUACAGCAGGAUGUUAAGGGAGCUUGCCCUUUGAAUGCGGUGAAGUUUAGAAGUAACACUUUCAAACAUAAUUGGUUUAUCAAAUCUUUACUUUUCUGGUUUCUUUUAGCAAUAAAGUUGUACUGGUAAUGGAUGGAGCUGAGCCAAGUAACUCUUAGCAAUGGAUGUAUUUUAUUUAUCCUGUGAAUUGCUCUCCAGCCUCACAAUUUUUGUGUGCAUGGCUUCGAAGUCCCACUGAGUUUGUGAUUGCAGUUGAGAAGCUACCUGAUAUUCCCCAAAUAGGUUUUGCUGAACAUUUUCCAAGGAGCUGAGCUAUAACCUACUCAGUACUUUCUCUUACUCUCUUAAGACUUGCACACAUUGGUCCUGACCUAGAAUCCAAUCUCUGUAAAACUAUAGAUUGCUGAAUAUGCAUCAACCAUAAGGGGUGCACAAAAGCUCAUUGGCUGAGAUAAAGAAACUAAAACAUUCAAUUUCCAAAAUGACUGCUGUGUUUAUCUGUUGCAGGAGAUAUAAAAGAAUCCUGUAACACCUUGAAUCUAAUACUGUACAUUUAUUAUAGCAUAAGCCCAUAGCGCACUUCAUCAGUGUCUAUCAUACACACAGAGAGAGAGCAGAUAGGUGAAACUUGUAGAAAUUGAGGUGGAGGAAGUACAGAGAGAAACAAUUGCCUUAUGAAAGUGGUCACAGGCAAAGCUAUUGCUUAUAUCACAAACAUCCUGGCCAAAGAUAGGCUAGCAAAUAGGCCAGAUAUAAUUCCAUGUGAAGCCCAAACUUGCAUUUGCAAGCAUAAAAUCCCCACUUCCCACUUCUCUCUGGAUCAGAGGGAAAUAAUUGAGACUUCUCUUCAGAAAAUAUUCCGUAAUGUCUGUAUGACCGAUAUAAUUUGGGUUGCAUUUUCUUUCAUGUGGGGCUGCUAAAGCAAGCACAAGCCUGGGAAGAAAAGAAAUGGGAGAAUGCUACUUUGAGCAGGCAAUGUGGAACUUCUUGGCUGGGCUAGAUUUUAAAUACUGUACAGACAUAUUGGAAAAUCCAGUCUGCUUGAGAGUAGGAGGAGUCACCAGGCCUGCCAGUGGAAAAAGAAGUAACUACAGAGGUCCAGCCUCAGAAGCCUGUAACAGGCAGCCCUGACCUCACCUGUCCGUCACAGCUGGGCAGUGAAUCAUCAGCCAAUGGGGUGACGGAGGGUGGGGCUGAAGAGGGAGGAGCUGGAAGAAAAAGGGGUGUGAAGAGAGUGUGGGAAAUCAGAUCAGGAGUGUUUGUGAGAGAAAGCUUGUUUAGAGGCUUGCGUGCCUAAGUGGUCAGUGAGGGAAGUCUGUGACUGAUUAAAUAAUAUACUGUACAGUGAUUGACAUCUUGA